UGAAGCGUCGGCGGAAGCAUGGCGUACGCGUACAACUCGGGCGGCCGUGGACGGGCGCAGGUCAUGAUGGACGACGACGACGAAGACCUCUACGAAGGCUUCAACUACUCGAUCGACCUCGCGCCGCCGCAGACGGCGUCCAUGAACAUGCAAAUGAACAUGCAGCAGCAAGGCUACUUUGGCAUGAACAAGGGUCAGGCCGCCAACAUGAACCCACCGGGCACCGCAUUCCGCGCGCCGCCGUCGCAGAUGGGCCGCCAGUUGCCUACGGGACGACUGCAGACGGGACAACAAGGCGGCGGCGACGUGGCGCGGCCCAUGACGUCGGUCUCGGGCGCAGGCUACUCGUCCAAUCCCAAGACAGCCGCUGGCCAGCGCAUGUUUGAUCCGCUGGGCGAGGCGCGCAAGUCGCCAGCGCCGCCGCUCGCCGAGAAGGCCGAGAACUCGCCCAAAGAGACGGCGCGCGAGCUCGAGAAGGCAGUCAACACGUACAUUGAGCAGAGCGCCGAGGCGAGCGUCAAGCACGACUACGAAGAGGCACUGCGGCUGGCCAAAGAGGCAGGCAAGAAGGAGCGCAUGUUCACCAAGCACUGCGAGACACACGGGCUCACCGACAUGACCAACAUCGACUUGACGUACGCCGUGUUCUUCAACCUCGCCAACGCGUACCACCUCAACGGCAUGUGGAAAGAAGCCAUUCAGAGCUAUACACCGAUCGUCAAGAACAAGCAGUACCCCCAAGGCGGCCGGCUCCGCGUCAACAUGGGCAAUAUUUACUUUGAGCAGCAGCAGUACCCGACUGCAAUCCGCAUGUACCGCAUGGCACUCGACCAGAUUCCGAGCACGAGCAAGGAAAUUCGAUACAACAUCAAAAAGAACAUUGGCUCGGCGCAAAUCAAGCUUGGCCACUACCAAGACGCGGCAACGACGUUCGAGGACAUCAUGGAGGGCAACCCGGAAUUCCAGUCGGGCUUCAACCUCAUCAUUUGCUACUACGCGAUCGGCGAGCAUGAAAAGAUGCGCAAGGGCUUCCAGAACCUCAUUGGUAUUCCGAUGGAAGGUGUCGGCGACGAAGACCUCGAAGAAGACGAAGGCAAAGACGGCGAAUUGAAGUCGCCGUCGUCGGCGGUGCAUCUAAAGAAGGACGGCCUCAAGGCCGAGAUCCGCGCGCGCCAAAAGAAGGCGACCGAGUACAUCUUGAUUGCUGCGAAGCUGUGCGCGCCGGCGCUCGACAAGAAGGACUGGCUCGCGGGCUACAACUGGGUCAUUGACGCCAUGAAGCAAGACCACGAGCCAAUUGCAAGCGAAAUGGAAAUUUGCAAAGCGCUGCACUUUCUCAAAAACAAGGAUUUCGACAAGGCCAUCGAGGUGCUCAAGGCGUUCGAGAAGAAGGACCCUGCACUCAAAGCCAUGGCAGCCACCAACUUGAGUUUUCUCUACUUUGUCGAAGGUGACUACAACCAAGCCGACAAGUUUGCAUCGCUCGCCGUGCGCCACCAGCGCUACAACGCCAAGGCUUUGGUCAACAAAGGCAACUGCCUCUACGUUAAGAACGAGUGCGAGCGCGCCAAGGAGCUGUACCUUGAAGCCAUUGGCGUCGAAGCCGACUGCAUCGAAGCCAUCUUCAACCUCGGGCUCGUUAACAUCAAGAUUGGUGUGCUCAACGAAGCCCUCCAGGCGUUUGAGAAGCUCCAUAGCAUCGUGUCGACCAACACCGAGGUUAUCUAUCAAAUCGCCAAUCUCAACGAUAUGAUGGGCAACUACCGUCAAGCCGUCAAGUGGUUCAACAUUCUUCUCUCGUGCUUUGGCUCUUCCAAGUGCGUCGCGGACCCUGGCGUCUUGGCACGCCUCGGGCAGAUCCACAACAAGGACGACGACGAGACCCAGGCAUUCCACUUCCACCUCGAGUCGUACCGCCACUUUCCCGUCAACCUCGACGUUAUCUCAUGGCUCGGCGUCUGGUACGUCAAGAGCGAGCUGUACGAGAAGGCGAUCCAGUUUUUCGAACGCGCGUCUCAGAUCCAGCCGUCCGAGGUCAAGUGGCGACUCAUGGUCACGAGCUGUCAUCGCCGCAUGGGCGCGUACCAGAAAGCGCUCAUUUUGUACGAGCAAAUCCAUCACGACUACCCUGAGAAUCUCGAGUGCCUCCGAUACCUCGUCGCGAUCUGCAAGGACCUCGGGCAAAAGUACGACCACCACCAACAAGCGCUCGCCAAGCUCGAACGCGAAAAUGCCGCCAAGGUGAACGCGCAAACGAACGCAACCAACUCCAACAGCGGCAUGACGCGAGCCACCGAGGACCAGCGCGGGUCCAGCCGUGGAAGUGCCCGCAGCAGUUCGCGCCUGGAAGCCAACAACCAGCAACACGAUGGAAGCAUCUAUGGCCAGCAGCAGCACGAGUACCAGCACCAAUCGAGCAGCCACGACCUGUCGCCACCGGAGAACAACCGCAUGGCUGAGGCCGAGACCGAGUCCGAGUACGCUGUGCCCAAGCCCAUGUAUCGCAAUACAGAGAGCGCGGGAUCCAAGGCGACCAAAGGCGCCGACGACUCGGACGAGUGGGGCGACGCCGACGUGGGCAACCUCCUGAGCGACAAGGUGGGUUCGUAG